AUGGCAUCUCAAUCUGGUUCUGGCUACGCUAACCCUAUCCCCGCCCCGGCUGUAAGCGCCACUCCGCUCAACGCAUCUCCCCGUUCCCCUUCGGCUCCCCAUCGCCCUGUCACUGCUUCCGCAGAUGUCACCGAUGUCACAACAGGAACCCUGGUUUUACAGGAUGGCACAAGUUUCCAAGGAUUUUCUUUUGGUUCGGAAGCAAAGAGUAUCUCUGGUGAAUGUGUUUUCCAGACAGGUAUGGUCGGUUAUCCCGAAUCUCUGACGGAUCCUUCCUACCGCGGUCAGAUCCUCGUCUUGACCUUCCCACUGAUUGGUAACUAUGGUGUGCCUUCCCGUACCGAAAUGGAUGCCCUUUUGGAGGGUAUCCCCAAGUACUUUGAAUCGUCUCAAAUCCACGUUGCCGGUUUGAUUGUUGGCAACUAUGCUCAUGAUUUCUCCCACUACUUGGCCGAAUCCUCGCUCUCUGACUGGUUAAAGGAACAAGGUGUUCCUGCAUUGUACGGUAUUGAUACCCGUGCCUUGACAAAGAAGAUUCGUGAACAGGGUGUUCUGUUAGCCAAGAUUCUGUUCCCCAAGGUCACGGUCUCGGCUAUUGACGCUGCCGCUUCCGCUUUGGGAUUGACUUCCAAGCCCCAAGACAGCGACAACGCUACCGAACGCUGGAUGAAGGAUUAUCAGGAUGUUGAAUGGGUUGAUCCUAAUGCUCGCAAUUUGGUCGCUGAGGUUUCUACUAAGGAACCCAAGGUCUACUAUCCUGAUCCCAGCAAAGCCGUCAAGACCGCUUCCGGCCGCACUUUACGUAUCAUGGCCGUCGAUGUCGGUAUGAAGUAUAACCAAAUCCGCUGCUUUGUCUUCCGCGGCGUUGAACUCAAGGUCGUCCCUUGGGAUUAUGACUUUGCUGCUGAGCCCGCCGAUUCUUACGAUGGUCUCUUCAUUUCCAACGGUCCCGGUGACCCUACCAUGGUCGAAACCACUUUCAACCGCUUGCGCACUGUUCUCAAGUCUGCUAACAAGCCCAUCUUCGGUAUCUGUCUUGGUCAUCAGUUGUUGGCUCUUGCUGCUGGUGCAAAGACCAUGAAGAUGAAGUAUGGUAACCGUGGUCAGAACAUUCCUUGUACCAACAUGAUCUCUGGUCGCUGCUACAUCACUUCGCAGAACCACGGUUAUGCUGUUGAUGCUACUUCUCUUCCCGAGGAUUUCCAGGAACUCUUUGUCAACGCCAACGAUGGUUCCAACGAAGGUAUCAUUCACAAGAGCUUGCCCAUUUUCUCUGUCCAGUUCCAUCCUGAAUCGACCCCUGGUCCUCGUGAUACCGAAUUUUUGUUCGAUGUCUUCAUCAACACUGUCAAGGAAUGCGUUGACCAGAACAAGAUGGUUCCCAUUGUUAUGCCCGGUGGCAUCAAGGCCGAAAACAUCAAAAAGAACCCUAGAGUCCAUGUGAACAAAGUGUUGGUCCUCGGUUCCGGAGGUUUGUCCAUUGGCCAGGCCGGUGAAUUCGAUUACUCUGGUUCUCAGGCUAUUAAGGCCUUGAAGGAAGAAGGCAUUUACACCAUUUUGAUCAAUCCCAAUAUUGCUACCAUUCAGACUUCCAAGGGUCUCGCUGACAAGGUCUAUUUCUUGCCUGUGACUCCUGAUUUCGUUCGCAAGGUCAUCCAGUUCGAGAAACCCGACGGUAUUUAUGUCACUUUUGGUGGUCAAACCGCUUUGAACGUUGGUAUCAAGUUGAAGGAUGAAUUCGAAUCUUUGGGUGUGAAGGUGUUGGGUACCCCUAUCGAUACCGUUAUCACCACUGAAGAUCGCGACCUCUUUGCUCAAGCCUUGUACGAAAUUAACGAAAAGUGUGCUCAAUCCGCCUCCGCUGUUACCCACGAAGAAGCUUUGGCUGCUGCCAAGGAAAUUGGUUAUCCCGUUAUUUGCCGUGCUGCGUACGCUUUGGGUGGUCUUGGUUCCGGUUUUGCUGAUAACGAACAGGAACUCAUUGCCCUUUGUAACAAGGCCUUUGCUACCUCGCCUCAGGUGUUGAUUGAAAAGUCGAUGAAGGGAUGGAAGGAAAUCGAGUACGAAGUUGUGCGUGAUUGUCAAGACAACUGUAUCACCGUGUGUAACAUGGAAAACUUUGAUCCUUUGGGUAUCCAUACUGGUGAUUCCAUUGUCGUCGCUCCUUCCCAGACCUUGUCCGAUGACGACUACAACAUGCUCCGUACCACCGCUGUGAACGUCAUUCGUCACUUGGGUGUCGUCGGUGAAUGUAACAUUCAGUACGCUUUGAACCCCUUCUCCAAGGAAUACUGCAUUAUUGAAGUCAACGCUCGUCUUUCUCGUUCGUCCGCUUUGGCUUCCAAAGCCACCGGUUAUCCCCUUGCCUUUGUCGCUGCCAAACUUGGUUUGGGUAUUCCAUUGAAUGAGAUCAAGAACAGUGUCACCAAGCUCACUUGCGCCUGUUUCGAACCCUCGCUCGAUUACGUCGUUGUCAAGAUUCCUCGUUGGGAUCUUAAGAAGUUCAACCGCGUUAGCACCACCCUCAGCUCUUCCAUGAAGUCCGUCGGUGAAGUCAUGGCCAUUGGUCGCACCUUUGAAGAAACUAUUCAAAAGGCUAUUCGUGCCAUCGAUUAUCACUUCCCUGGUUUCAGUGAGACUGAUAUUGUCGAUGAGGCCAACAUUGACCACGAACUUACCGUGCCCUCGGACCAACGUUUGUUCGCUAUUGCCAAUGCCAUGCACAAGGGCUACACUGUUGACCGUAUCUGGGAAAUGACCAAGAUUGACAAGUGGUUCUUGAACAAGUUGCAACGUAUUGUGAACUUGGAAAAGCGUCUUUCUGGUUUCACCAAGGCUAGCAUUCCCGGCAACUUGAUCCGCUCUGCCAAGCAGCUCGGUUUCUCCGAUCGUCAGAUCGCCACUCAAAUCAACAGCAACGAAUUGGCUGUGCGCCGUCUCCGUCAGGAAUACGGUGUCACUCCCUAUGUCAAGCAGAUUGAUACAGUUGCUGCCGAGUUCCCUGCUUUUACCAACUACUUGUACAUGACCUACAAUGCCGUCGAGCAUGACAUCAGCUUUGAGGAUAAGGGUAUCAUGGUUUUGGGUUCAGGUGUGUACCGUAUCGGUUCUUCGGUCGAGUUCGAUUGGUGUGCUGUUCGUGCCAUCCGCACUUUGCGUGAAAGGGGUAUCAAGACUGUCAUGGUCAACUACAAUCCCGAAACUGUUUCCACCGAUUACGAUGAAGCCGAUCGUCUCUACUUUGAAAACAUCAACUUGGAACGUGUGCUCGAUAUCUACGAGAUUGAACACUCCUCUGGUGUCAUGAUGUCCAUGGGUGGUCAGACUCCCAACAACAUUGCUCUUCCCCUUUACCGUCAAAACGUCAAGGUGCUCGGUACUUCUCCCGAGAUGAUUGAUAACGCUGAAAACCGUUACAAGUUCUCGCGCAUGUGUGAUCAGCUCGGUGUCGACCAGCCUCAAUGGAAGGAACUUACCAGCUACGAGGAAGCCGAAAUCUUCUGUGACAAGGUUGGCUACCCUGUGUUGGUCCGUCCUUCGUACGUUCUUUCCGGUGCUGCUAUGAACGUUGUGUCUUCCAAGGACGAUCUUGCUUCUUACCUCCGCGAAGCUGCGGCUGUCUCGCGCGACUACCCCGUCGUUAUCUCCAAGUAUAUUGAAGAGGCCAAGGAAAUCGAAAUGGAUGCUGUGGCUUUGGACGGCAAGAUGAUCAUGCACGUUGUCUCUGAGCACGUUGAAAAUGCCGGUGUCCACUCUGGUGAUGCUACCCUCGUGUUGCCUCCUCAGGACCUUGAUCCCGAAACUGUCAAGAAGAUCGAGGAAGCUACUGCCAAGAUCGGUCGCGCUCUCAACAUUACUGGUCCCUACAACAUCCAGUUCAUUGCCAAGAACAACGAAAUUAAGGUCAUUGAGUGCAAUGUCCGUGCUGCUCGUUCGUUCCCCUUCGUUUCCAAGGUGAUGGGUGUCGAUUUGAUCGAGAUGGCUACUCACGCCAUGUUGGGUCUUCCUGUGAAGCCCUACCCCAAGAUCGAGAUCCCCAAGGAUUACGUCGGUGUGAAGGUGCCUCAGUUCUCUUUCAGCCGUUUGUCCGGUGCUGAUCCUAUUUUGGGCGUCGAGAUGGCUUCCACUGGUGAAGUUGCCUGUUUCGGCAAGGACAAGUAUUCUGCUUACCUCAAGGCUUUGUUGGCCACCGGUUUCCAGUUGCCCAAGAAGAACAUCUUGUUGUCCAUUGGUUCUUACAAGGAGAAGCAAGAAAUGCUUCCUUCCGUCCAGAAAUUGCACGAAUUGGGUUACAACAUCUUUGCCACCACCGGUACUGCCGAUUUCAUCCAGGAACACAACAUCCCCGUCAAGCAUUUGGAAACCUUGGAUGGUGACGUUGAUGACAAGAUGAAGGCGGAAUACUCGUUGCAACAGCACUUGUCGAACAACCUGAUUGACAUGUACAUUAACUUGCCCUCGCGUAACCGUUUCCGUCGUCCCGCCUCUUACAUGUCCAAGGGUUACCGUUCGCGUCGUAUGGCCAUUGAUUACUCCAUCCCCUUGCUGACCAACGUCAAGUGCGCCAAGUUGUUCGUCGAAGCUCUUGCUCGUAUGAAGGAUGAUGAUAUUCUCAGCGUCGAUUACAAGACCAGCAACACCAUUGCUACUUUCCGUGGUUUGAUCAAUGUCAACACCCACAUGGUCAACUCGGCCGAGUUCACCUCUGUUUCCAAGGCUUCUUUGAAUGCCGGUUUCACCACCAUCUCUGCCAUUGCUCACGAUAUCAAGAGUGCUACUUCGUUGAAGAACGGCGGUACUGAAGCUCGCAAGGCUGCCCAUACCGAUUACUUGUUGAACGUCAUUGCUACGGCCGACAAUGCCUCGUCUCUUGAUGCUGUGGCACCUGAUGCGGCUGCUGCUUAUGUGAGCACCGACGAAAUCGGUAGCGGCAAACUUUCCGUUUAUGACAAGGUCUUCUCGUCGUGGCCCAGUGACCAGUUGGUCGUGACCGAUGCCAAGGGUACCGAUCUUGCCUCCAUCUUGUUGUUGGCUUCGCUCCACAACCGUAUCAUCCACGUUACCAAUGUGAUCGGUCUUGACGAUUUGGCUUUGAUCGAAAUGAGCAAGGCCAAGGGCUUGAAGGUUACUUGCGAUGUCUCCGUGUACUCGCUCUUCUUCACCUCGGAACAGUUCAACAACACCAAGCUUUUGCCCACCCAGCGCGAACAAGAAGCUCUCUGGAAGAACUUGGAUGUCAUUGACUGUUUCGCUACAGGCUCUGUUCCUCGUCAAUUGGCCGCUGAACUUGGCAAGCCCGCUACUGCUACUUCCGGUAUUGCUGAAGCUUUGACUUUGUUGUUGGACGCUGUCGCUCAAGGUCGUCUCCAGCUCAAGGACAUCUCGGACCGUUUCUACGAGAACCCUCGUCGCAUCUUUGGUUUGGCUCCUCAGGCCGAUACCUACAUCGAAGUUGAAAUUGAUCGUCAGCAUGUCUGGCCCGAGGAUGCUGCCAACUGGUCUCCUUUGGCUGGCCGCAAGGUGUGUGGUGCCGUUCACCGUGUGGUGAUGAACGAGAAGACCGUGUUCAUGGAUGGUACCAGCAUGGUGGAUGGUAACAUGGGACGCGAUGUGUCCAUCCAAGCCCAGGGUGUCCAGGCCAUCGUCAAGGAACAAGCCAAGAAGGCCGAUCAAGCCGCUUUGAACGUUCCCGAACGUGCCACUGAAGCCCAAUCGCCUCGUUUGACCGCCGCUGAUUCCGUGAAGUUGGUUGGUGCUCAAGAUCAACAAUUGAUGACUUACCGUACUCCCGAGUAUGAGAUCUCUUCCUCGCUCGCUCGUGUUGUCAGCCAUUCGCCUUUCUACCGCAAGCACAUUUUGAGCUCCAAGCAGUUUGACCGUGACGAUCUUCAUCUGUUGUUCAGCGUUGCCCAGGAAAUGCGCAACCUCGUGGAAUUGUACGGUACGAUCAACUUGAUGCAAGGCCGUGUGAUGAGCAGCAUGUUCUUUGAACCCUCGACCCGUACUUCGUGCUCGUUCGAAGCUGCCAUGUGCCGUUUGGGUGGUAAGGUUGUCUCUGUGAGUGCCAGCUCUUCUUCCGUGCAAAAGGGUGAAUCUCUUGCCGACACUGUCCGCACUUUGGGUUGCUACGCCGAUGCUAUCAUUCUCCGUCAUCCUCAGCCUGGCAGUGCUCAAAUUGCCGCCAAGUACUCCAAGGUGCCUAUUAUCAACGCUGGUGAUGGUAUUGGUGAACAUCCUACUCAAGCCUUCUUGGACGUGUUCACUAUCCGUGAAGAAUUUGGUACCGUGAAUGGUCUUACUAUUACGUUGGUCGGCGAUCUCAAGAACGCUCGUACCAUCCACAGUUUGGUGAAGAUCCUCGCUUACUACCAAGUGAAGCUCAACUAUGUCGCUCCUGAUGAUCUCCAGAUGCCCAAGGACAUUAUUGAAGAAGUUGAACGUGCUGGUGUCAAGCAAACGAUGUACUCCUCUAUUGACGAAGUGAUCGGUGUGUCGGAUGUCCUCUACGUGGCUACCGUCCAGAAGGAAGCAUUUGCCUCUACUGAAGAAUACGACCGUUACAAGAACUUCAUCACUGUCAACAACGAUAUGCUCAGCAAGGCCAAGUCUCACAUGAUCGUCAUGCACCCCUUGCCUCGUGUUGGUGAAAUUGAACCCGAAGUUGACUUUGAUCACCGUGCUGCUUACUUCCGACAGAUGCGUUAUGGUCUCUAUGUCCGCAUGGCUUUGUUGGCUCUUGUCAUGGGAACUCUGCGCGGUUAA